AUGAAUAAUUAUAUAGACGAUAAUAUUCAUAUUGAUGAACAAUUUAAAAAAAAAACUCGUGAUUCACAUCCAUUAACACGUAAAUCUCGUUCAAUAAGUCGUUAUUUUCUUGGUAAUAAACAUUCAAGUACUGAUAUAACAACAGAUGAUAUUAAUAUAACACGUUGUUUAACAUCUAUUGGAAUAUUUGACUCAUAUGAUUUAUGGACAAAUGUAACUUUAUUUCGUGAUUAUAGAACAUGUCGACGUUUAUUUAUAAUAACAAAUAAAAAUGAAUUAAUUAUUAGUAAAUCAAAUCCAAAGCAAUCAUUAUUAAAAAUAAAACAUCGUAUUAAUUUAAAUCGUAUAUGGUUAUAUACAGAUAUAGAAAAUAUAAAUGAAUCUAUCAUAUCUGAAAUAACAUCAUUAACUUAUUAUGAUUAUCAUCGAACACUUAUUAUUGGUUGGCCAUUAGGAGAAAAUUUUCUUGUUGAAUUUGAUACAAAAGAUAUUCGAGAUAUUUGGUAUAAACGUAUUCAAUCAACUUUAAAUUUUUGGUGGCAAUUAAAUAGUUCAAAUAUUGAACAUGUUCGUGUUGUAAUUGAGCAAAAUCAAGAAUAUGAUCUAAAUAAUAAUAAUACAACUUCACUUUUGAUUCGUAAAGUAAUUAGUAUUCGACCACAAGAAACCGUUCGAGAUUUAAUUAAAAAAUGUAUUGAUACAUGCCAUUUACGAGAUUCAUGUGUGGAUAAUUAUAUUUUAUUCGUAUUAAAUGAUUCAAAUAUAAUAUCCAUUACGAAUAAUACAAAUCAACUAGUAAAUUCUUCUUUACAAUCCAAUCAAGUACAAUUAAUACCAUUGAUAGGUCAUGAAUAUCCAUAUGCAAUAAAAAUGAAACAUUUAAAAACAUCAAAUCAUACAUCAUUUGAUAGUGAUGAUCAUUUAUCAUUACAUAGUACAGCAACAAUUUAUUCACAACAUAAUAGUUCAACAACGAGUUUAAAUAAUAUUUCAAUAAAUUCUCAUGAUUUUGAAUUACGAAAACGUGAUAUUGAUAAUCAACAUAAAAAACAUCGAUUUUUUCAUAAACGUAAAACAAAAGAUCAUCAUACGAAAUCAUUAAUACAACAACAAUAUAAUGAUGAUUAUCAUUCAUCAUCAUCAACAACAACAAAUCCUUUACGAGCAAAACCUUUAAAUCAAUUUUUUGGACAAACAUUUGAUGAACUUUGUAAAAAAUAUGAUAAUCAAUUACCACCUGUUAUUCAAAAACUACUUGAAGUACUUUAUUUCAAAGGACCAGAAACAACAGGAAUUUUUCGUAAAGUUGCAAACACACGAUCAGUUAGAGAUGCUAUAGAUAAAAUCGAACGAAAUAUUUUAUUACAAGAUGAAGAUUUGCAUCCAAUAUUAGCUGCUGGAAUAUUUAAACAUUUUUUACGAACAUUACCUGAACCAGUAUUUAAUGCAAUACAAUAUGAUAAUUGGAAAAAAUGUCUUCGUCUUCCGAAUUUACAAGAAAAAAUUUCUUUCGCACGAAAAAGCAUAAUCAGUACACUUUCAGAAUCGAAUCAUUUAUUAUUAAAAGGUUUUAUAUGUAUACUUCAUCAUAUAUCACAAAAUGCUGAUACAAAUGGAAUGAAUCCAUUUAAUUUAGGUUUAUGUGUAUCGAAUAGUUUAUUUAAAACUGAAUCAACAACAAUAGCAUCAGGUAAACAAGAAGCUGAUGUUAUGUCUUCAAUAGUUGAAUUUUUAAUUGUUAAUUGUACAUCAAUAUUUGGUUCGGAUGUUUUAACAUGUGUCCCAGAUAAACGUAUUAUUGUACAUCAUAUACCUAAUCUAACUCGACCAACUGCUUCUUCAAUUGAAAGUCUUGAUGAAGUUGAAUCAUCACCACAUUUACCUAUUGUUAAUCGAUCUCGUGAUUCAGGUUUAGCUACAUCAGAUCAACCAUUAAAUGAUGAUAGUUCAGAAAUAAGUGAAUAUUUUCGACGUAAUACAUCUCGUAUAUUUUCAAGACCACCUAAUUGGACAACAUCAAUAGCAUGUGGUAAAGGUACAGUUUUAUCAAGUAUUAUUCUUCCAACAACAAUAUUAUCUUUAAAUCGUUAUCGAAAUUCAAAAAAUCUUUAUAAACCAUCAAAACAAUUUAUGGAAAGAGAAAAAUUAACAAAUGAUACAACAGAUGAAUCUGAUCAUGAUGAAUUUAAUGGUACUAUUGGUGAUUCAAGUGUACGUUCAUCAACAACAACAGUUCAUAAUAUUUCAACAGGAAAAAUAAAACGAUCAAAACCUAUAUCACGUCAUUCAUCAUUAGGUAAUAAAGAAUAUUAUCAAAAAUAUCAACAACAAUCAACAAAUGAUUCAAAACGUUUAUCAACAAAUGAUGUUAAACGUGCAUCAUCACUUAAACAAUUUCAUCAUUUAUCAGAUGAAGCUGAUGAUGAUGAUGAACAAAAUAAAACUUUAAAUGCUAAUAAUAAUAAUAAUAAUAAUAAUAUAAAAAAUAAAAAUGAACAACAAAUAUUAUCUUCGACAUCAUUAGUAAAUAGUAAUAAUUUAACAAAUGAACGACGAUCAAAAUUAAUUAAAUCAAAAACUGUAAAUAUUGAUGAAGAAUCUAUGAUGACAAGAUCAACACAAAUUGAGCAACAAGAUUUAGAUUUAACAAGUGAACCAUUAAGUACCAUUAAUCAACGUCUUACUAAUAUUUCAACAAUACGUUCAGCAUCAUUUAAUGUACCGACAACAUCUAAAACAUUCGAUGCACCUUCAUUAAACACACAAACAUCGUUAUCUAUUGAUCGUCAUAGUCGACAACAACCAAUUAUAGUUGAUGGUCGUUCUCGACAUAAUGGUCCAUUAACAGCAACUACAAAUCAAAUAUAUACAUUCAAUCGUAAUGAACAUCACAGUCAAACAAAUUCAAACACACAAAUUAAAAUCGAACGUGAUCGAACAUUUAUUCAUCAUUCUGAUUGUCGUCCAUUUAAACUUGGUACAGCUAUACAAAUGAAACCAAUUGAUGAUUUAUUAUUAACAUCAUCAAAUGGACGACGUCGUCCAUGUCAUAGACAAAAUGCACUUCGUUAUAAAUCAGUUGAUCCCGAACAUCAUAAUGAAAAACGAACACCACGUCAAUCAACACCGAUUAUAAUCAAUCAAAAUCGAAUAUAUUCAAAUGAAAAUUCUUCAACAAAUAUAUCACGUUAUCAAUCAAUUGAACGACGUGUACCAACACCAACAGUACAACCAGUUAAAUCAUUUUCAUUUGAUAUUAAUGAUGAACUUCGACCAUGUGAUAUAUCAUGGUCAGUAAGAGAAAAAGCUAAACUAUUUGAACAUAUUAAUCAUAAUAAAUUAUCAACAGGUCGUGAAAAUUAUGUGUGA